UACACUCUCACUUAACGAUUUCAAAGUUCUCAUCAACCGAAGAGAACGCGAUAGACUGAUGAGAAAACUGUAGAAGCUGAAGAAGAAGAUGAGAUCCAAGACGUUUCCCGUUAGGUCACGGCCGCAUAGAGCUUCCCGCAACCCCCUCGAUCCCUAUCCAUCUCCCGCUUCUGUUCCGGGUGAAGCUAAUGAAAGAUUUGCCUCUGGAGUGAUCACCCCACACUGUGAUGAUAAUGGUGAUGUUCCUAAUGUUGAAACAGUUCCAGAGACUUUUGAUGAAAUUGAUGCGCCACCAUCCAAGAAGCGUCAUUGUCUUGGGACAAGUGAGGCCACUAGAGUAGGAAGAUUGAACGUGGAAGCUUGUAUUAUAUGUGACAUUUUAGACGAGGGAGUAACUCGCUGUUCUGGGACUGGCUGUCUUCUUUGGUUUCACGGGGAGUGUUUGAAUCAAGAGUUGGGUAGUAUUAGUAGUAGUGAGGAUCUUGCAAAGACCUACUGCCCUUAUUGCUGGUUCAAAGUUGUUAUGAUGAGACACAAAUCAGUGAAGGAGAAGGCUGUUGAGGCGGAGAAGGAAGUCUCUAAGUAUUUAAGUAACGAGAAGGGUGUUUGUUCAUCUGAGAAGGAACAGUUUCAAGUGGAGAAAGAUUCUGAUGGGUCAAGAGGAGAGGGCAUGCCAUUAACUGAAGAAAGAGAUUAUAAACCUGAAGAUGAUACAGAGAAGUUUGAAGAUGCUGAGGAAGACAAGGAUGAUGAAGAAGCAGCAAAGGAUCAAACUGAAGGUAAUACAGAUGCAAGGGGAAAUGGAGAUGUUUCACGGUCUUUGUCUAUGCAAGAAUCGUCUUCAGGAAAAGAGGAAGACCAGAUCCAACAGGAUGAGGGGCCAAGUAGAAGAAGACGGCAGUUAAGAUUGAAUUAUAGUGACAGUGACAUCUCAUCGGAUGAAUCAACAAACGAACGAAAUGGAAAACAUGUAAGUGAUCAGACGGCUCAAGUGGUAACCACCCCGUCAGGGACGAUGAAGAAUCAACAGAGAAAACAUAGCGCUACAACCGAAGUGGCCAAGUCAAACACAGUGAGGGACACUUCCUCUCUCAAGACGGAUCAGAGAAAGAGGCUAUUUUGGACACCAGAAGAAGAAGAAAUGCUCAGAGUGGGAGUGGAGAAGUUUACAGCAGAAGCAAGGAAGAACAUGCCAUGGAGGAAAAUUCUGGAAAUGGGAGAGGAGGUGUUCCACGAAACACGUACUCCUGCUGAUCUCAAAGACAAAUGGAGAAACAGGAUGGGCGCAAGAGGGAAAAAGACAAACUAGACAACGCAUUGACUCUGUCACUGGUAUCUUAUACCCAACUAUUGGUGUCUCAUAUAGGAGAUGAAGUCAGGGUUCACUGACAUGUAUUAUUAACUUUGACUUAUGUAGUCUUUUGUUCUUCAAUGUCACUCUUUUCGGAUGAACGAAGAUCGACAUGUAUUAUAAAUGCUCGUAUGCUAGAUGUUGAAGAAAGUUAAAUAGAACCCUCGUUCAUUUAGAUCUCAUAUGCUGGGAGGGAUACAUAACAUUGUAAAACAGAGAGAAUAGAUUUAGAGGAUAACAUUUGCAAAUUGGGAGGGCUUAAGACAAUAAAGAAAACUUAUUUCAUAGGCGAAUUCAUCAUCAAAGUCUUGUCUCUACGCAUUAUGUGUGUGUUUAGAUAAGAGUGCCGGUUGGGAUUAAGGCGUCCUUGAUAACGGUAACAAUACCACUCUUUAUGAAAUAUCCAUCAGUCUCUCUCGCUGCCUCUUGCACAUUGU